GCGAGCCCAGCGUCGCUGACGCCGCUGCUGCUGCUACUGCUCGGCACCCUCACCUUCGCCACCCUCCUGCAGCCGACCGUAGCACGAAGCUACGAAAAAGACACCUACCGGAAAGGCAAAUCGGCACAGAUCUCCGCUCCGCAGCCCACCAUCACCACCCAGCUGGUGGAUCUGUGCUCCGAGGACAUCAACAUGAAGCUGGCCUGCCACUGUUCGCCGGAGAAUCACCCGAAAGCGCAAAAAGCAUCCUGUUCCAUCUUCGAUGGAGAGCUGCCGCGCAAGGACGCCAACUGGUUGGCCUUCCACACGCAAACCAGCCUAGAACAUUUGAAGUUCACCAUCCGAAAGUCCGGCAAUCUCACCUACAUCCCUUCGGAUGUAAUUUUCACGCUGAAAAAACUGCGCACUCUAACGAUCGAGUACGGUAUCAUCGCCGAUAUCUAUCCGUACGCAUUCGGCAAUCUAAGUGAACUACGAGUUGCCAACUUGCCGAACAAUCAAAUCAAAACGCUGCAUCCGAACGCUUUCGCCAACCACCCGGCGUUGGAGGAAAUCGUGCUGGAAAACAACGACAUCCGCAAGAUCGACCGGGAGGCGUUCGUCAACUUGCCGCUGUUGAUCAAACUGAAUCUCGCCAAUAACAGUAUUUCCGAAUUGCACGACAACGGCUUCAUUGAGCUGUCAAAGCUGGAGGAAUUGCGUCUGGAGCUGAACAUGAUCUCCGUACUGGCCAAGGAGUACUUCCGGGGGCUGGAAAAUCUAAAGAUUCUGAAGUUGUCGUACAACGACGUCAACUACGUAGGUGCCACCGUGUUUGCCGAUCUAUGGAGCUUGCAGAUGUUGUUCCUCGACGGGAAUAAGAUUGAGAAACUGGACGAACGAGCCUUCGAUGGUUUGAACAAUUUGCGCUACCUUCAUCUGGAGAAUAAUCGACUGAUCACGCUGGAAAGUGGAACCUUUACCAGUGUGUCAUCCUUGCUGGUACUGAAUCUGGACGGAAACUCUCUGGAAACGCUCAGCUACAACCACAUCGUUCCGCUGAUGGACAAUCUGGUCAACAGCAGUGCACUGCUGUCGAUUCGCGACAAUCGAUUCAUCUGCGACUGCCGCCUGGCCUGGAUCUACGACCUGAGCAACCGGACGCGCAACGAAAAUCUGAAGGAGAACCUGCACGCCAUCGAGUGUACCCUCGGCAAGCAGAACUACUACAACAGUGUAUCGCAGCAAACACAAGCGAACCUGGACAACUCGUUCCCGGAGAACGAGUUCGACGAGGAAGGCGACUACAUCGAGGAUGCCGCUCUGGACAACGAAUCGACGGUGCAGGAUACGAAGCCGGAGAUCGUCAGUCUGUUCAAGCUUGGCAAAGAGCAGUUGCCCUGCCCGGAAGAACUGGUCGGCCCCACCGAUGGGCCGAAUCCGCGCGAAUCGAAAGGAUUGCUUGAUUUGCCCUGGGGACACUCCGGUGUUAGCGCCAUCCGGCAAUCGGCCGUCGGUCACAGUCGAAUGAUGCUCGUUUCUGUCGUAGCAUUGUUCGCCUCCUCCGUAGGUUUAGUGCUGAUCUCUAGUGUUAGAUGGUAA